AGAGAGAGAGAGAGUAGUCUCACUCAACAAGCACAAUUACUCUCUCAAAUCACCACCUUAGAACAAAUUCCCACUAAAACCCCCCAGCAACAAGCAGAUUUAGCAGCCAAAAAGAAGAGAUUAGCGGAAUUAUUAAAAAAAAAACAGGAUAGUUCUCAUACUAAUAAUGCUAAACCUAGUGAUAAAACUGUUCUUAUUAUUGGUUGUGGAAUAGUAGGAAUAGUUUUAAUUGGUUUAGUACUCAUCUUAACAGAACCAAACGAAGAAGUUAGUCUUGCUGUCACCAAAAAUGCUACAAUCUUUGAAUAUUCACUAUUAGUAAAUCGGGCAAAGGAUAUGAAGAUAUUAUGGUUACAAAAGCAAAAGUCGGCUGAGGAAAAAGACCAAUUAAAAAAAGAAUUAUUAGAAGAAAAGAAAAAUACGGAUAAUCUUCGUAAUGAAAAACAAAAGUUAGAAAUGAAACUAAAAGCAGUUGAAUUGCAUUUAAAAAAAUAUAAGGAAAUGAUGGAAGGAGCAGUGAAUGACUGCAAAACAAUAGUAAUCAGAGAGGAAAGUAAAACAAAAAAGGAAAACACUAUGAAAAAAAUUGAAGUAAAUGGUUCUUUUGUGCCAACUCCGGUAAAAUUAAAAUGGAAAGCAGAAAAAUACGGUGCUGAAAAUACUGAUACUAAACUGGUAGAGACUGUAAAGAUAGCACCGACUAUGCCAUCUCAAUGGCACGAUGCACUAAAAGAAAAAAACAGAUUCAAAGAAAAUUAUGAUGUAGAUGAUCCGCAAGAAAAAAAUCAGGAAGUUCCAAAAAUGCGUCAAUAUUAUGGUAAUGCUACUGUGACAUUGGUAGCUAUACAUACAAAUAUUCUCGAUGAUGAUAAUAAGGAAUUGUCGCCUUCACCCGAUGACGUAGUAAAGAAAAUAAUUAGUUCUCCAUGGUUUUCUCAUGGCUAUGAUUUAGAAAAAGAUAAAAAAGUAGACAUAAACUUGAGCGAAGUAUUAAGAGAGAUCAAAAAUCGUGGUCGUGGCAUUUCAAUAGAUGGUAUUUAUUCUAUCUUGGGGUUACUGCCUUAUGGUGAUAAAGUAGUGCCUGAAUACAGAGAAGCAGAGCAUAAGUAUACUAAAAAAGAACUUCAAGAAGCUUUGUUUGGCAUCAUGAAUACUGCGAAAGGUUCGACUAGUGUAGUAGGUGGUAUAGUUAUUAAUUGUACGUCCAACAAAUUAUACAUUGAGACUGAUGGGGUCAUUAAAAUAAAUGGCUCUGAUUACUUUAUAGAAGAUGUCGGUAGUGACACGAAACCGUUAGAAGAGCGAGGAGGCUUUUUGAUAGAGGGAGGACUUUAUGCAAAAACUGCCUUAGUAAAAGUAAAUAAUAAUAGUGAAUCUGUGAUGUUGCGUUUAGAAAAGGGAAAUGAAGAAAGAAAGUUAUCGAUUGCAGCGAUGAAUAUUGAAGAGACAGAUCAACAAUUAGAAACACAAAUCCAAAUCCCACCCAAAUAG